AUGAUCGACAGAAGCGCUUCGUCCACGGCGCUCGAGCUCACUUAUCUCGGACCAGCGGGCCACGCCGACUUUGCGAUCAUGGCGUCGGAACAGACCCAAGCCAGGGAUCGGCAAACCUGUCCUGGACCGUCAGAUCUAGACAAUCCGACGCGAAGAACGGAGGCAGGACAUUUACACAUUGCAGCGUGGUACAGCACUGCGCGAUGCGGUCAGCCGGCAAACGGCCUUUUCUGUGGCAGAGUUCAGAACAAGAGAGAACACGAGAGUUGCACUUCUCGUGUGGCCGUGCAGGGCGGGCAUCGAAAGGAGUACGGUGUUGGCUGUCUGUCUUUGAACGGCUCGCAGCUGCCGGGCAUCGCAUCGAACAUCAACUUUCUUGGUAAAAGCAGCACGGCGCAGCGUAGAGCGACGCAGUGCUGUCCCAUGAACUCUAUUUUAAAAAGAUCGAUAUUAUUUAUUGAUUGA